AUGGCGUCGGUGCAGCUGUCUGGGCCGCGGGUGGCGGCGGCUGCGAAACCGGCUGCGCUGGGCGGGAUGCUCCUGACGCCGUCCCUUGCGGUGCCAAGGGGGCGGAGGGCCAGGGGGUUCGUGGUGAGGGCCGCCACGGUCGUGUCACCCAAGUAUACUUCCAUAAAACCAUUGGGAGACAGAGUACUUGUGAAGAUCAAGACCUCUGAGGCUAAAUCUGAUGGAGGGAUUUUACUUCCAGUAUCAGUUCAGACAAGACCACAAGGAGGGGAAGUUGUUGCAGUUGGUGAGGGGAGAAGUUUCGGAAGUAGCAGCAUUGAGAUCAGUGUUCCGGUAGGUGCACAAGUUGUCUACUCGAAAUACGCAGGCACAGAAUUGAAAUUCAAUGACGCCGACCAUCUCAUUUUGAAAGAAGAUGACAUAAUUGGUAUUCUCGACAGUGAUGAUGUGAAGGAUUUGAAACCACUGAAUGAUCGCAUUCUGAUUAAGGUUGCUGAAGUUGAAGAACAAACUGCUGGUGGUUUGCUAUUGAUACAGGCGACUAAGGAGAAGCCUUCUGUUGGAACAGUGGUAGCCGUUGGCCCAGGGCCCGUGGGUGAGGUUGGCAGCAGGAAUCCCCUGCGGAUCACUCCUGGAAGCAACGUGAUGUAUAGCAAGUAUGCGGGGAGUGAGUUCAAGGGCGAGGACGGUGAGUACGUUGUGCUCAGCGCGUCUGACGUGAUGGCCGUUCUUACCUCUGACCCCAAAGCAUACAGCGCCAUUUAUGAAAUGUAG